AUGGGCUGGGCAAGGUUUGACGAGGAGUCGGUUAUGCAUGAACGGCGCCAAAGUCUCGCGCGGACCCAGAAAGCAAAAGCUUUGGUUAGCAAGCAGGAGGCUGUGCUGCAAGGAAUUUUGAGAAAAAUGGUAGAGGAAGACGAUGCUGGGGCCAUCUCUCCAAGCGCUUCGGAUGCGUUUUCCAAGGCUGGGAGCUCUCAGCGUUUCCGGAGCUGGUCUUCUUUCAGUCGCCACUCCCAGUCUGCUAUAACCUCUGCAUCAAUGCACGAGGCAAGCACUUUCGAUCAGCAAGCCUGGACCGUGGCCAAGCAAAUACUGACGAGACAGGAGAAGAAGCAAGCAUUCUGGAAACAGAGGAGGGAGCAUGCAGAGGAGGGGCGGCGGAAGCUCCAGCAAAGGCAGAUGGAGAGUGAGGCUGCCGAGGCGCGUCUUGCAGAAAGGCAGCGUGAAAUCACAGAGGAGCACCGUCGGCGUGCGUUUGCAGCACAGCAGAGACGAAGCGAGCAACAGAAGGUGUUCCGAGAGACUUUGCGGGAGCAGGACCGCAUUUGUGACGAAUACUACAAGAAUGCGUCACGAGGUACCCGAAGUGGCUCUCCCACUGCGCGGUCCUCUUCUCCUAGGCAGGAGAAGCCUGAAGCGCAGGCAGAUAUCCACAGGCAGAUGCUCAAGUCGCACGACAUCUACUCAGAAACUGUUGAACGAUGGCGCCAGCAAGUUGCUGAAAACGAUCGCAGAGCUGAGGCUUUCCGAAGGAGGAUGCUGAAGGCUCGCACUGGCUCCAGGGCGAAGGAGGACAAGCAUGCUAGCACAAAGAAGGAUGAGGGCCGCAAAUCCCUGAGGAAGGGUGCCCAUGCAAUGAUGGCCGCUACUGAAAAGGCUCAUGGCGACAGCCGAAGAGGGAGUGCGCACUCGUCUCAGCCCAGCCAUGAGUCUGGUGCCGUUGCCGGUGAGGAGAAGGUGCGGGGUGCUGGCGAUGCAUCUUCCUCGCUGGGGCCGCUCGGGGCCGCGGUCACAUUGCCAUGCCUGCGCGGCAGCGCCGGCAGCGGCAGCCCUGGGCAAAGCAGAGGGCUUACGCGCUCCAAAACGUGUGAGCUUUGGAAAGAGAGGUUUCAGAAAAGCCAAACAUUUUCAGAGGUGCUCGAGCAAAAAGCCCUAAGGAAACAGCAGCAGCAGGAUCGACAUCUCGAGGAGAGUCGGCGGCGCAUCGCAGCCAUUAACAAGCAGGUCAUGAUGAGGGCUGCCGACCGAAGCAAGAAGUGGAAGGAGCGCAACGAUGCAGCAGCCUCGAGGCGCCAGAUGAGCUCUGUUGCCUCCGACGCAGACAUGGUCGCAAAGCUCGCCGCCGGCGCCCGGCGGAAAGCAGCUCUGGAGCAGCAGCGAGCCGAGGAGCUUGCCGAGGCAAGCGCUUCCAAGUCGGCACAGAUUCAGAGCGCUCAGGCUCAUGCAGCUCAUCUGUUGGACAAGACAGAGAAGGAACUCGUCUCGAAAGUGCAGCACAGGGACCAGAUGGUGGCAGAGCGACAUGCCAUGAGGCUGCAGGAGUUCGCUGCGCGCGCAGAUACUGGUGGACCUUACCAAGAGCAGGCAGAAAGCGCAAAGAGCCGCAAGAAAGAACUUGAGGAGGAGUUCCGUCUAAAGGCUAUGAAGGAGAUGGAAAUGAAGUCAAGUCGACACAGAGGCGAUUCAGGGCCUGUACUCGAGCGUCAGCGUACUCUGAAAAAGACGCGACCAUUUCAGCGACAGCCCACCGAGCUUCCUCCAGACUUGCCAUUUCCGACAUCCUUGGAUUUCCCAGUUGAGCUGCCAGCCGUGGAUAUGCCUGCGGCGGCCAAGGCCAGUGCAUCACUGGGCCUGCCGCUUGCGCUGGAGUCACGGAGCUCUGAACGUGCAAGCCCAAGCCAGCACCCCCGGGGUAGCCGUGUGUCUGUCGCAUCAGCUGCGGAUAGCAUGGUGUCUGUGGAUGAUGAAGACGUGGAGAAGAACCUUCUCAAGGAUUUGGAGCAGAGAAGCUCCAACUGGAUGAAGGAGAUGAGGCGCCAGAAAGAAUCCCGGAAGAAGAUUGCCUGA